UGGCCCAUGGGAACCUGAGCAACUGUUGUCUCUCACCCACAUGUACAUUACUAGCUGGAACAACAGCACACCCCUGAUGUGUAUCUGUUUGAAUGUGAAUUAAGUAGUCCAGCUCAGGAUGUACAUGUCUUCUGCAUGAGUAACAGGCUGCCAUUUAAAGAAAUAACAAAAAAGAGCAUCACAAUUUUAAUUGUGGAUGAGUAAUCGAUGAUCAGAAAUAGAACCUUUUGGAAAUAACCUAUUGCAAGAGCUUCCUUGGAUCUUAAAUCUACAUAGCAGAUCAACUCACAAGAAGCUGGGAGAUGCAGAUCCGUGUGGUCCAGAUCUGGGGUUUCCUGAUGAUCGUUGUUGGCUGGAUCUUUGUUGCCUGCACCAUGGCCAUGGAGGGCUGGAAGAUCAGCGCCAUUGGGGGGAUGGGGGGCUCUGCCGUCAUCAAGGUGAGAUGGUACUGGUCCAACCUGUGGAGAUCCUGUGUUACGGACUCAAUUAAUAUCAGUAACUGUUACGACUAUCCUGUGCUCUGGUCUGUGGAGGGUCACAUCCAGAUAGUACGAGGUCUGCUGAUGGCAGCUCUUUCCCUCGGCGUCGUGGGGUUUGUGCUUGGUAUGAUGGGCAUGGAGUGCACCUUCAUUGGGGGAAAAGACCGGUCAAAGUACAAGAAGAUCUACGCCAGUGGAUGUUGCCAUAUAAUCAGCGGAUUGAUGUCCACAUGUGGGUAUGCUGUUUAUGCACAUUAUGUCUCAUUUGAAUACUUCAGCCUUAACUUUGAUGGACUAAAAUAUGACCUUGGCACCCCGUUGUUCCUCGGCUGGGUCGGCUCGGCCUUUCACAUGACUGGUGGUUUCUUCUAUCUGUGGUCAGUGUGCACGCCGAUCUGCGGAGAAGAGGAAAUGGAAAUAAAUGUCCAGCCACUACCAGACCUCGAGCAAAACAAGCCCACCUCACCUCUGUCCACUGUGUCCAAGAUCUCAUUCAAGACCAAGGUGGCCUCAGAGUCAGAGUUUUUGCCUAAGUCUAAGCAGUCGGACCUGUCUGGCACUUCCUCGAGUUUAGAACGCGUGUCCAAAUCUGGACGCACAGCCAAGUUAAGGCAGUCAUCCCAGACUGGGCAAACCACCCGUUCUGCAACGUGGAGGUCAGGAUCCGAGGCGGGAUCUGAGUCACUAACGGGCCCAACUACGUCAGGCACCUCGAGUAUUAAGACUAAACAGUUCUUUAAAAAAUCUUAUAUUUGAAUAAAUGUGAGUCAUAA